CGCGUCGAGUAUCCCCUGGCUGCGCGCAAUGCCACCCGGAACGCCUACAACUCAUUUCUGGUUGAAUACCCUACCAUACGCCUUUAUCUUCUCACCCACACCCACUCGGACCAUAUUAAACUGAUUUACUGUUCACACGACUCGAAGGAAAUGCUGCUAAGGCACGAAGUAUACAAAGAGCGUGCUCUACACGGUGCCGAGUUGCGGGCGGAGAAACUGAGAACGUAUGGACAUCUGAAAAUUGACCCCCUGGUUGGCAAGGACGGUGAGGUGUACCACCAAGGCUCUAGGGACUUGUUGAAAGUUAUGCCCCUCAACAGCCCUGUUCAUAUUGAGCUUGAUGCCGAAAACUCGGUAACCGUCACUGCAAUUGACGCAAAUCAUUGUCCGGGCUCGGUUAUGUAUCUCAUCGAAGGCACAAAAGGAGCCGUUCUUCAUACAGGGGACAUUCGUGCAGAGUCUUGGUUUCUGGAAUCGUUGAAGCGCAAUCCAUUUUUGCAGCCUUAUUUUUCAACCUCCGGAGGCACAAGGAGCAACAUAAUUAAACCACUCGAAGCAAUAUAUCUCGACACUGCCUGCGUAAUGAAUAUUGAGGAGGUUCCCACCAAGGAAAAUGCUGUCGAUAGUCUCGUCGCCCUUAUGCAGCUUUUACCGGAAUCGACCCACUUUUUCAUCAAUUCCUGGACUUGGGGCUAUGAGGACGUCCUGAAAGCUGUCGCUCGUGCAUUUGAUUCUCGCAUUCAUAUGGACAGGUACAAACAUGCGAUUUAUUCGCAUCUCGCGAACGAUCCCCUACUACGCUCGAUUUGCACACGCGAUGCAGGCUCGACUCGUUUCCACGCAUGUGAGCGAUUUGAACGGUGCGAAUACGUUGAUGUCCCUGCAAAUCGUCCCCUUGCUGUAAGCACGAGUGGGAACCCAGUGGUAUACAUCAAUCCCGUGAGUACGAUGAACGAGGAACAAUGGACUGCGUACCAGCAUAACACUAGGCUACGCAUCGUGGAACAAGAGGAACCUGUAACUUGUUUGCUGGUGCCUCUCGCUCAGCUACAGCGAUUUGUUUCACUUUUCCGCCCGAAGACCAUCAUUCCGAAUACUCUUGAUCCUUCCCUGAAUGGUCUUGACUGGACUGGAAUCCGUAAUGUCUUCUCCAGCUGCCUUUCUAGCCGCGAGUCUUCGACGCCUGCAGGUGAUCAUGACAUACGUCCUCUGAGCGACCUAUCCAUGAUGAAGACGGAGUUGAUGUUGCCCAUAAGAACCUGGUGGGAGACCAAGCCGAAGAGGCUGCGAACAAAUGGGCGGAUGAAGAAUCUCAGGGCUACGAUUCCAGUUCAGAUGCAGAUGAUGAGCGAGGCAAAACUGCUCAUCGGCUCUUUGCGCAUCAGGCAGGAAUCCAGCUGGUGGAAUCACAGCUUCCUUCUCCCACCUCAUCCUUCACUGCGGUCAAACAUGCACUCGAUCCGUCUCCGUCGUCCGCUGAACGCCCUGCCAAAAGGCCAAGAUUUGAAGAACCUGAACCGAAAGCCCAACCAUCUAUACCUCAACCUUCGUCCUCUCGUUUACCUCCUUCAAGGCCGGCUUAUACCUUCCGCGGAAGGAAGCCGAUACUGGAUGAGCCGUCUGAUGAUGAUUCGUCGGAUGAUUCAGCAGAUGAACGUGGACGUACGGCUCAUUUUCUGUUCGGGGGAGCGUGAGCCUCAAGAAGCACAGUCCGAAAUUCCUUUGCUUGAAAUUCAAAAUGUUAUGCAAGAUAAAGAUCCUCUCAAAACCCCGACGACGGCGAAGCCUCAUGUACAUUCAAUUGAUCCCAUCACUCCUCAACGACCCUUACAACGAACAAGACGAGGUUCAAGUCCUACCAAAGAAGUACCAGAGUCUCCUCAAUCGCCAGUGUUGUCCCCUAUCAACAUAUCAUCAACAAAUCAACAGCUCCCGAACAACUUGCAGAAAAAGCCAUCAGCGCGCAACGCCGAUGGGGAUACCAUCAGCGGGCAAAUCAGAAGAGUUACGCAAUCCUCACCGUUGGAUAGCCCUGUCAAGAGGCGGCGUACAGCACCUUUCUUCAAAACCUCAACACCAGAAGCAGCCCAACUAGCCGAACGUAUUCGACUCGCAGAGCGAAUCUCAAAGUCCAAUCCAGAACUACUGAAAUUGAAGAGUCGACAUUUGCAGAUGGAGUGGCGUGCUCAGCAAUGGAGGGAAUAUGAUGAAAAGUUGAGAGAACUCGCAAAGAACGAAAGGAUAAAGAGGGGCAUUGAGGAGGCGAUGAAAAAGAACGAGAAAGUGUCAACGGCACUGCCAAUGCUUAUGUGUACGGCGACAGAAAGCCAGUUAGAGGAUAUGGAUCCGCGAUACAUGUUUUAAGUGUCGCGUCGCCUGUUUGAUGGCCACGGGUUGUUGGAACGUAGAUAACUUAUUAUUAUAACAGAACC